AUGGACAGCCCCUUUGCAAAAGAACUCGCCAUAUCAUUCGGCGCGCUCCGAAAAGCGGCACAGCUCAGUCAGUCAAUUGUAUCAGCCGCAGACAAGGGCGUCAUCGAAAAGGACGAUCUCAGCCCCGUCACCGUUGCCGACUUUGCCGUCCAGGCCCUGCUGAUAGCGACCUUCCGGCACGCAUUCCCCGGGGACCAAUUCGUCGGCGAGGAAGACGCGUCGAGUCUGAGGCACAACGAGCUUCUCCUGGGGCGAGUAUGGGAUCUGUUGCAGCGGAUAAGAGUCGACGAGGACGCCGCGUCGUGCGCGUUGCCCCAGUCCAAGGAACACGUUUGCCAACUCAUCGAUCUGGCGGGGUCGACUGCGCCCGGCGGCAAAGGGUCCGGGAGGAUAUGGGUGUUUGAUCCGAUUGACGGGACAAAGACGUAUGUACGGGGGGAGCUGUACGCGAUCAAUAUCGCGCUGUUGGUCGACGGAGAGCAGGUCCUCGGGUCCGUCGGCUGCCCCAACAUGUCCAUGGAUGCGGUGGCGCCCCUGAAGAAUGACAACAUCGACCCCAGGGGCCAAGGUUGUAUUGUGUUUGCGGCUCGUGGACACGGCGCAUACGUUCGGUCGAUCAAGGCCUCUGGCAACGACGUGGCGGUAAGACAGCUCUCUCCCGCCGCCCGCUCAGGAGACAUCCGUUUCGUCACAUGCGUCGGCAUGGUGGACUCUGCGAUGGACGGCGUGCACGAAGUCGUGGCCGACAGGCUGGGGGCUGCAUUUCCGGGAUGUGAUCUCGUGCCGUGGGUUCUUCGCUGGGCGACGCUGGCGCUCGGGCUGGGAAACACGACCGUAUGGGUGUACAGGCGACGAGAUCGAUAUGCCAAGGUGUGGGAUCACGCCGGCGCCAUGCUUUUGUUCCAGGAGACGGGCGGCAAGAUCACAGACGUCCUGGGCAGACGGAUUAAUUUGGCCGCGGGCAGAAAGAUGAGCGCCAAUUUCGGCUUCGUAGCUGCGCCGGAGCAUCUUCACGCCAAGGUGUUGGACACCGUCCAUCAAGUGUUGAGGGAGCAAGGGCACGGGGACAUGUUGACAGCUUGA